AUGCCCCCCAGUCUGAAAGACAAAAGCGGUCGGCUUCUGGCUUUCGCCAAUGGUGGCCAGCGAACGAACGAAGCUCAACCUGGGGUGGAUAUUAAGCCCACGAAGUCAGAACCACCACAUAACGUUCCUCCAGCUCCUACACCUCGUCCUACUAGCUAUCCUCGGGAGAUCACGGGACUCGGUGCUAGAAACACCGCGCCUCCAAAACAGGACUAUCCUUUCAGUCAGCCACCACAGCAUCAUUCACCAGUGCGCUCGAUAUCUUCCCCAAAUGGCCGGAUUAAAGCAGAUUCAAGUGAUCGCCGGGUCGACAUCUUCUCUGGUUCGCAACUUGAUGAAAAUUUCAUGGAGUCAGGUCUCACAACUCCGCACAACGAGCCAUCCGAUCCCAUUAAGCUUGGGCCGGAGUUGACUCGCGAUCUUAAGAAGACUAUUCCGUCACACCGCCUCCCUGACCGCAAUCGAUUUCAUCGACCUCCGCCGACAAGUGACUUGUUCACUGUUGGUGAUGAUCUUCGUAUGAACGUGGUCAGUAGGUCACAGCAACACAAUGUUGAUCAUAUGGGCGAUGGUUUCCAGGAUGAUGUAAGUGUGAGGCAUGGAAAACUCAAUGGCCAUCACGGACGUGGCCGAACUCGACCAGACUCCCCGGCACGUCAGGACUUCAAAAUCCCCAUGCGUGAAGUGAGGAUUCGAAAGUCACAUUCCGGCCGAUCAGAGGCCUACGACACGAACCAAGCAAGGAAUCCAUCACCCAGACGCCCUGAAACGCAAUGGCAAACGCGCUACAGAAACGAGAGCUCCCGGCAGCCGACUGUCCACCGUUUGGAUGAUGAAGAUGCCGAGUCCGCUUCUCAGGAGGAAGAACACACAACGCCUAGGCCCAAGCCUGCCAAGCCGGUGGUUCAAAGAGCUCUCCAAGAGAGCUCGAUACCAGCUACGACAACCUUCAUGCCAAACACUAGUCGCCUCGACAGAAAACGACGUCGUCCAAGCCCUGAGUACGACGACGUGGCUCUUAACUCUAUGACAUUUGCCUCACUUCGGCAGCAGCCUUUCGACUUUGACCCUUCCAAGGAUGGGCAGAAGGUUACUGGAGUCAAUGCUGACAAUUUGGAAGAUAAACUUGAGCAUUUUCGUCAUCUGGGUGAAAAGGAACAGCAUGACCUGUUUUCCAAUAUGUCGAUGGAAAAUUGGGAAACCUCGGGAGAAUGGUUUGUCCAUGAGUUCAGCGCACUCAUGCAAAAACUGCUGGAUUCAAGAAGACAGAAGCGCAAGAUCAUUCAGGAGUUCGAACAAGAAGCAGCCGAUCGUGAAGAAGCUGUCCGUCUCAAGACACAGGCCAUUGACCGAAAGCUCUCUAAGAUGAAGCAGGAUGGCCAGCGAGUGGUGGAGGAUAAAACUGCAUAG